GUACAAGAGAUGGUGAGGUUGAGUGGCCUGUGAGGUUGCUGGCCAGGCUCUGGCUGGGUGCUCUGGGUGGGCCGGGGCUCCUGAGGGCUUUCUGGUAGGUUCUUGGUGGCAUCAUCACACUGGUAGCACCCGGCCCCACAGCCUGGGAGGAGGAAGCACACUGUUGCCUCAGCUCAGUCGGCCCUGCAGAAACCACAGCCUCAGAGGAAGUGAACUGUUUGAGCCAGCCUCCUCCAGCACCAGGGAACCGGAACAUGCUUUUCUUUGGGACUGGGAACACAGUUUGAGCCCCGGGGUCUUCAUUUCCUUGGAAGGAAGGAAUAGCCAGGUCAUCUAGGAGAAGAUGGAGACCGAAUCCCUCUACAAUCUGCUGCAGCUCCCCAAGGAAGUGAGCCCUCCUGUGGAGGAGCUUCCACAAGGAGAAAAGAAGAAAUUCCUGCCACCCACUUCCCGCAAAGAGCCCAAGUUUGAAGAACUGCAAAAGGUGCUGAUGGAGUGGAUCAAUACCCAGCUUCUGCCCGAGCACAUUGUGGUCCGCAGCCUGGAGGAAGACAUAUUCGAUGGGCUCAUCCUGCACCACCUUUUCCAGAGACUGGCAGGGCUAAAGCUGGAAGUGGAGGACAUAGCCCUGACAGCGGGGAGCCAGAGGCGCAAGCUGGCGCAGGUCUUGGAGGCUGUCAACCAGAGCCUGCAGGUGGAGGGGCCUGGCGUCCGGUGGAGCGUGGACACCAUCUUCAACAAGGACCUGCUGGCCACCCUCCAUCUCCUCGUGGCCCUGGCCACACGCUUCCAGCCGGACCUGCCCCUCCCACCUAAUGUCCAGGUGGAGGUGAUCUUCAUGGAGAGCACCAAGAGUGGGUUGAAGUCUGAGAAACUGGUGGAACAGCUCACUGAAUGCAGCACAGAAAAGGACCAGUCCUCACAGGAUGCAUUUGAUGAAUUAUUUAAGGUGGCUCCAGAGAAAGUGGGUGCAGUGAAAGAGGGGCCUUGGCCCCCAGCAUGGCGGCCACCAACCAGAGCCCGGGCCUGGGGCUUUGUCUUCUCUGGGCAGGCCAUCGUGCAGUUCGUCAACCAGAAGAUAGACCGCUUGGGGCUGUCAGUGCAGAAUCUGGAUACCCAGUUUGCAGAUGGGGUCAUCUUACUUUUGCUGAUUGGUCAGCUGGAAGGCUUCUUCCUGCACCUGAAGGAAUUCUACCUCACCCCUAGCUCUCCUGCAGAAAUGCUGCACAAUGUCACCCUGGCCCUGGAGCUGCUGAAGGAUCAAGGCCUGCUGAGCCACCCCGUCAGCCCUGAGGACAUCGUCAACAAGGACACCAAGAGCACGCUGCGGGUACUCUACAGCCUGUUUCACAAGCACAAGCUGAAAGGAACCAUGGACGGGAUGCCCCGAGGAUCCCCAAACUAACUAUCUGCGUCCCACCCAACAGCUGAUGCUCUGAGCCACCUGCAUCCCAGCGGGGGGGGGUGGGGGGGACACUGAGCCACUCUUCCUGCCUGCCCACUCUGUCUGUCUCCUAUUUCUGUCCUUCUCCAUGUCUUGGGACCCAAGAGACCCAGAUCUGUUUUGAGCCUUGUUGGGUUUCUUUGAAUGAAUGCAUUUCUGAUGGGAUUUGGGGCUUGUUGGAGUCCUUCCUGGGAGGGCUGUCUCACAUGCAGAAGCAUGAGUGAGCCUUCCUUUGCCAUCUGCCUCCCUUCUCGCAGGGCUGGGUUCUGCACCCCAGCUCUCUGGGCACUCCUGGGAGAUUUGGAACUUUAUGCUGCUCUUGGCUCCAACUUGAGGGCCUGGCAGGGAAGCAGAGCCGCCCUGGGGUGUAGGGGCUGAUGAGCAGCGACCUCUCCACUCCGUUCCUGCUGUCUGCCUCUCACUGGUGGAGGAGCCCCAGAAUCACCUUCCAGAAGCAUGAGCUACCUCCCUUUGGGGCCUCCAGAACUUCUCAGGGAGUUAAUGGGUUACCUGUGAGCAGGCCUCCUGCCCAGAUUCACCCCUGUGAUGUGAUGAUGGGCUUUGCCCAAAAGCCACAGAGAAGAAAUCUGGGGCUGAGGAGAAAGCAUAAUGGUGAUACAAGAAGACUUUCAUGCCUGAGGCUGUAAGGUUCCAGGUUCAAUCUCAGCACCACCGUAAACCAGAGUUGAGCAGUGUGUUGGUGAGAGAGAGGGAGAGAGCGAGAGAGAACAAAGAAAGAAUGAAGGGAGGGAGGGAGAGAGGGAGAGAGGAAGAGAGGGAGAGGGAGGGAGGGAGAGAGGGAGGAAGGAAGGAAGGAAGGAAAGUCUUCAUGGUUGAUGACAGAGUUAGAGUAUCUCCCCACCUGUGUGUGUGGGGAGUAUAACCACUGUCUCUAAAGACAUUUGGCCCCCUUUCUGCACCCAUUUCUCAGAGAGGAAGACCCAGUGGGAGAUCUCCGGGAGCUGGCAUCUGAUCAAGCCCUUUAGAAGGUUAACUUUGAAAAGACUACCAACACCCGGUGGUGGCAAGGGUGUGGCAUCCUUUGGAUAUGCCUGCUGUGCAUAUGCAAAAUGGUCCACUCACUUUGAAGACAACUUGACUUUGUCUUAUACAGCUCAACAUCUGUUUACUACAAGACCUAGACACUCCCUGCUGGGAUUCACCCAAGAAAGAGGGCAGCGUAAGGGUACUGGCAAUGCUGUUGAGAAAUCCCCUUACUGGGAGAAGCCCACAUGUCCAUCACUGAGAAAACGGAGACAUCUUACUGUAUCCCUAUGAUGGGGCUUAGCAAUAAGGAUGGAAGGGGUGGGAGCAUAUCAGUAGCCAAGGGCUAAAGGAAAGACAGAAACACAAAAGGAUGCUGUAUUAUAGCACUUAUAAGCCAUUCUAGAAAAGGGCAAACUAUGAGGGAAGAAGCUAGGUUUCCCCAGUAAGGGGCUGGAGAAGGAGACUGGCAGCACAAGGAGAUUUCUAGGCGUGGGGGUGGGGGUGCCUUACCAUCACUGUCCACACUCACCCUGACUCACAAAACUACACACUUAAAAUUGAUGACAGUUGCCAUUUGCAAAGUCCUCCUUGAUAAAUCCACUAACUCAACUGAAAGAAGGUUUGGAUUCUCUGCCAACUGAGGGAGGGUGGGGCCUAUGUUAGGGUGAGUGAUAGACAUCACUAGAUGGGCAUCACUUUCAAGCAGUCUGGUGUGCAGAGGAGGAGAAGGCUGGGGAUGUCGUGACCUAGGAAUGCAGUUUAAUUAUUCCAAGGAAGAUUCCAGGAGAGAAGAUGAAGCAAAAUAAGGAGUAUCUUAGUGAUGGAGGGGUAUCUGAGCAGGUAAAGAAGGGGCUUCAAGUACAGGGAGGAUGUGCCUGGGAAAGGAGGGAGCCUCCCUGAGGCUGUCAGGAGAGGGCUGGGACAGAUAUAGAGAUGCACACCGAGGGCUCCCCACCCCCAGAACAAGCCUGUCAAGGUUAUUGAAGUCUUUCUGAUGUUUGAGUGAUCUUUUGUAAGUAAGCUCUUGCUCUGAAAUUGACUUUGCUGUUAAUACAGCCACUCAGUCUUCCUC